UGAGAGGGAGAAGCUGAGGGGAGGGAGGGGACUGUAGUUCCUGACUUUCUCACCAGAGGGCAGAGGCAGAGCACAAGUGCUGCUAUUUAAGAACCCAGCAAAAGCCAAAUGAACAGAAACCAGCUGGUGUUCUUCAGAGCAAGAUGAAGCUGCUCCUCGCUGUGGUGGUUCUUGCAGCCGUUGCUGUCAGCGCUAAUGGAGACCCAGGGUUCUGGGACACCGUCAAAAAACCUUUCAGAUUCGGCAAGGAAGCCGUCCAGGGUGCAGGAGAUAUGGUCCGUGCUUAUAGCGACAUGCGAGAAGCCAACUGGAAGAACUCUGACAAGUACUUCCACGCAAGAGGGAACCACGAUGCUGCCAGGAGGGGUUCGGGAGGAAGAUGGGCAGCUAGAGUCAUCAGCAAUGCAAGGGAACGCGUCGACAGGCUGCGUGGAGGCAGUGCAGCUUCCAGCGCUGCUGACCAGGCAGCCAACCGUUGGGGACGAAAUGGUGGCAAUCCUAACAAGUACCGUCCCAGAGGUCUUCCUAGGAAGUACUGAGGAGUGUCUCCCAGAGCCAGAAGCCUGUUGUCAUAUUUUUUUUUACAACGAAUUAUUCAAAUAACUAGUGGCAUUAACUGACCUGUUAUACGUCACCAGACUUUAUGAUACUGUUUUGGUUACAUUGUUGUUACUUAUAAACUGUACUUACCAUGGUUGGCUUAAUAAAAUAUAUAAAGCCAUUUUUUUACAACGAAUGAUUCAAGUAACUAGUGGCAUUAACUGAUCUGUUAUGAGUCACCAGACUUUAUGGUACUGUUUUGGUUACAUUGUUGUUGUUACUUAUUAACUGUACUUACCAUGGUUGACUUAAUAAAAUAUGAAAAAUAAAA